AUGAAGGCUGCUCAGAUCCUCGCCCUCAUGGGCCUCGCUUCCGUCUCGGCUGCUCAGUCUCUGCCCCCCGCGCCCACCGAGUCCGUCGGUUGCGUGCCCCACGACGACCACUGGCACUGCGAGGGCCCUGCCCCCACCAACGCUGCCGUCGACUCGGCCGUCGCCUCGUCCGCCGCCGCCGUCACCACCACGACCGCCGCCGCCGAGGACCACGAUCACGACCAUGAUCACGACCACGACCACGACCACGACCACGAGUCCCACGGCUCCGAGUCUCUCCACCCCUCGCUCCCUCCCUCUCCCACCGCCUCCACCGGCUGCGAACCCCACGGCGACCACUGGCACUGCGAGGCCGCUGUCGAGACGGGCGCCCAGGUGACCACCUCCGCCUCGGCUUCCGUGCACCCCGACCUCCCGCCUGCGCCCACCCAGUCCGUCGGCUGCGAGCCCCACGGCGACCACUGGCACUGCGAGGGCCCUGCCCCUGCUUCCAACGCCACCACCUCGUCUGCCGGCACCACCGGUGACGAUGCUGCCGCCUCCUCCACCCCCUCCGACGUCACCGAGGCCGGUGCCGCCAACGUCGCCGCCGGCAUGGGUGUCGUCGCCGUCGCCGCCCUGCUCGCCCUGUAA